AUGCGUGAGUCAGCACGAGAUAACCGUCGCGGUGGGUUCGCGCUGACGACGCGCGCGAGCAAGGACGACCGACCGACGAAGGCGUCGGAAGAGCUCGCGGAAAAGUUCACCACGGGUGGCGGCGGCGCCGAUGGAUUCUGCGAUUACGACGACAUCAAGGACGCGAUCAAGGAGUGCGAGGGACUGGAGGGCGCGAAGCUCGAGGCGUGCUACGCGCAGUACGGAUGUAACCUCGAAUCCGUGACCGAGCACUACGCGAAAGCGGCGGGGAUCGACAGCAAGAAUGAAAAGGCGAAGUAG